GAUCCCAGAAUCAGAAGGGAAUAAGCAGGGAAAUCCUCCAACCAGGAUUUCUGGAAAACCUGGGAAUUUUGGGGGGAAAGUUACCAGAAUUUUGCAACCCUAAACAUGUGUUAAUUAUCGGAUAUGAUCUUUCUCAGGAAAAGAGGAGAGUUGUUGUUUCAUCAUGAAAGGGUUCACGCUUAUUCAUUUUAAUGUCUGGAACAGAAACAUUCACACGUUGUCAUGGUAGUUAUUGAAGGUUGAAUGGAUGAUUUUUAAGAUCAUAAAAAGAGAAUGAAAUCAAAUAAAAGUUAUGAAAUGUUAAAAGGCUAGAGGUCACGGGUUACUGGGAUGGAUUCAUGGUUGUUAACUUGGGAUGGAUCUAUUUCCUGGUACGCUUAUUGACCAAGGGACAACAACUCUAGACUGUUACAGAACUGAGAAGAUGAACCCUGUGGUCUCCUGUCUGUGUUAUGCUGAGGCAGAUAUGGCUUUAAAUAGAUGGAGGUCAGAGGUUGACAUUUUUGGGACAAUAUUGGGAUGCAUGCUAUGUUCAGGGUACAGGCUAUGUUCAGGGUACAGGUUAUGUUUAGGAUACAGGUUAUGUUUAGGGUACAGGUUAUGUUUAGGGUACAGGUUAUGUUUAGGGUACAGGUUAUGUUUAGGAUACAGGUUAUGUUUAGGGUACAGGUUAUGUUUAGGAUACAGGUUAUGUUUAGGGGACAGGUUAUGUUUAGGAUACAGGUUAUGUUCAGGGUACAGGUUAUGUUUAGGAUACAGGUUAUGUUUAGGGUACAGGUUAUGUUUAGGAUACAGGUUAUGUUUAGGGUACAGGUUAUGUUUAGGAUACAGGUUAUGUUUAGGGUACAGGUUAUGUUUAGGAUACAGGUUAUGUUUAGGGUACAGGUUAUGUUUAGGGUACAGGUUAUGUUUAGGGUACAGGUUAUGUUUAGGAUACAGGUUAUGUUUAGGAUACAGGUUAUGUUUAGGAUACAGGUUAUGUUUAGGAUACAGGUUAUGUUCAGGGUACAGGUUAUGUUUAGGGUACAGGUUAUGUUUAGGGUACAGGUUAUGUUUAGGAUACAGGUUAUGUUUAGGAUACAGGUUAUGUUUAGGAUACAGGUUAUGUUUAGGAUACAGGUUAUGUUUAGGAUACAGGUUAUGUUUAGGAUACAGGUUAUGUUCAGGGUACAGGUUAUGUUUAGGAUACAGGUUAUGUUCAGGGUACAGGUUAUGUUCAGGGUACAGGUUAUGUUUAGGGUACAGGUUAUGUUUAGGAUACAGGUUAUGUUUAGGAUACAGGUUAUGUUUAGGAUACAGGUUAUGUUUAGGAUACAGGUUAUGUACACAAUGAAUAUGAUAUGUUAUUAUGCUGGUCUAUUCGACUCGAAGGACCAAUUUAUCAGAGAGGAAACUUACAGUUGAAAUUGUCCAGUUUGAGCAGAGCCCAGGUUAGGGGGCAGGUUUUGAAGUUUUAAAUCAGGGUAUCAUGAAGCUACUGGACUGGAGCAUUCUCAUGGACACUGGUGACGGACAUAAUCCAUUCUCAUGGACACUGGUGACGGACAUAAUCCAUUCUCAUGGACACUGGUGACGGACAUAAUCCAUUCUCAUGGACACUGGUGACGGACAUAAUCCAUUCUCAUGGACACUGGUGACGGACAUAAUCCAUUUUGUUUUUCAACUUCUACCGCCGUUAGUAGACUCAUCCCAACUCAUGUAGAGGACGACUUCUGUGUGACUUCAGUAUGACUUCCACUCAACCAAGUAUUACUUCAAGUUUCAUCAACAUAAAGAGGAGGAGCAGCAAAAAAAAAAGAAAAAGGAGUUGGAGAAAAUAGCCCAUUCAUAGAAAACAUAAACAUUGUUUGUUUGUUUGGACCUUUGGUCUGAGCUAUGCAUUAGAGGACAUUGUAGCAUGAAAAAAAAAAAAAGUAUAUUAUCGUCAUGAGGAAUUUUCAUUACAUACAUAUCAGCUUUAGGGAGGGAGGGGGUGAAAGGUGACCUGUCAUGUUGGCUGUAUGUUUUAAAGGAGUUUUAAAGGAGCUGUAUGUUUUAAAGGAGCUGUAUGUUUUAAAGGAGUUUUAAAGGAGCUGUAUGUUUUAAAGGAGUUUUAAAGGAGCUGUAUGUUUAAAGGAGCUGUAUGUUUUAAAGGAGUUUUAAAGGAGCUGUAUGUUUUAAAGGAGUUUUAAAGGAGCUGUAUGUUUUAAAGGAGUUUUAAAGGAGCUGUAUGUUUAAAGGAGUUUUAAAGGAGCUGUAUGUUUUAAAGGAAUUUUAAAGGAGCUGUAUGUUUUAAAGGAGUUUUAAAGGAGCUGUAUGUUUAAAGGAGUUUUAAAGGAGCUGUAUGUUUAAAGGAGUUUUAAAGGAGCUGUAUGUUUUAAAAGGAGUUUUAAAGGAGCUGUAUGUUUUAAAGGAGUUUUAAAGGAGCUGUAUGUUUUAAAGUUUAAAGUGGCAUAGUAAUGGUCCAGUUGUAUGUUUAAAGGUUUAAACAUUGUAUAGUUUUAAUGGUCCAUUAUUGAAACAUGAUAUUGGUUAAUUGGUUAUGGCCCUGUGGUCCACAAAUAAAAGGUCAACUCUGA